AGAAGAAAAACUUUAAUAUGUCAGCAAAACAACACUGAGGGGGAGUGAACUUUUGGACAGCAGUCAUAUUUUGAAGAAACAUUACAAUAUUUCCAUCUAAUUGUGUGCAGUUACAGUUCAGCCGAAAGCUGCCUGGUAUGCUCCCAGCAAUUCAGUAGAUGUCCACCCCUUCAGACACAUCAGGUGGUAUGUCCCAUCCUGGCCCUUCUCCGGGGGCAGGUCUAUCCCCGGGGCCCAUCUUGGGCCCUAGCCCUGGACCAGACCCCUCCCCAGGCUCUGUUCACAGCAUGAUGGGACCCAGCCCUGGACCUGGAACACCCAACGCACCUCAUGGCAUGCAGGGACAGGGACAAAGUGACUAUUCUCAGGACAGCAUGUAUCCUAUGCACAAGACAAUGGAGGGAAUGAAUGAAAAGACCAUGGCAGAUGCAAUGCACUUUGGUCACAUGAAAGGUGUGGGGAUGAGAUCUCUGCAUAGUGGUAUGGGACCUCCACAGAGUCCAAUGGAUCAGCACAGCCAAGGAUACAUGUCCCCUCAUCCAUCCCCCAUGGGUGUCCAUGAGCAUGCCUCUAGUCCCAUGUCAGGAGGUGGAGGUGGUGGGGGACCCACGCCUCCCCACAUGCCUCCCUCCCAGUCAGGCCCUAUGAUGCCCAUGGAUCCCCAGACAGCUGUGCCCAACAUGUCCAACAUGAGCCAGCAGGGGCGGGGACCUUCUGCUUUCAGUCCAGUCCAGCUGCAGCAGCUCAGAGCUCAGAUCCUCGCCUAUAAAAUCCUGGGUCGUGGGCAACCCUUACCUGAAAACCUUCAACUGGCUGUUCAGGGCAAGAGGAGCCUACCCACAAUGCAACAGCAGCAACAGCAACAACAGCAGCAGGCACCUACUGCUAGUCCUUACAACAGGCCUCCAGGUAUGCCAAUGGCACCUUUGGGUGGUCCCCAGUCAAGUCCCUGCCCUACCCCAACCAUGCAAGGACACAAUCAAAGCACAGGACCCAAACCGUGGUCUGAUGGUCAGGUUGGUGAAAAUCAAGCCAGCGCUCAGAAGCACCUCACUCCAGUUGCCAGCGGACGCCCGUCCCCUGCACCACCUCAGGCCGCGCCCGUGCCAGCAGGACCCAUGCCAGGCAGUUCAGUGACCCCUCAGCCUCCCGGGCAGCAGGUGUCCCCCAUGCUUCAGAUGCAGAAACAGAACCGCGUCACACCAAUCCAGAAGCCUCAGGGCCUGGACCCAGUGGGGAUCCUGCAAGAGAGAGAGUACAGGUUGCAGGCUCGGAUAGCACACCGAAUCCAGGAGCUGGAAAGUUUGCCAGGCUCUCUGCCCCCUGAUCUGAGGACUAAAGCCACAGUGGAGCUCAAGGCACUGCGUUUACUCAACUUCCAGCGGCAGCUGAGACAGGAUGUGGUGGCAUGUAUGAGGCGAGACACGACCCUGGAGACGGCCCUCAACUCAAAGGCUUACAGACGCAGCAAGCGGCAGACGCUGAGGGAGGCCCGCAUGACCGAGAAGCUGGAGAAGCAGCAGAAGCUCGAGCAGGAGAAGAAGCGCAGACAGAAACAUCAGGAGUAUCUCAACAGUAUCCUUCAGCAUGCUAAAGACUUCAAAGAGUAUCACCGCUCAGUGUCUGGCAAAAUGCAGAAACUCACCAGAGCCAUCGCCACCUGGCACACCAACACAGAGCGGGAACAGAAGAAGGAGACUGAGAGAAUCGAGAAGGAGAGGAUGAGGAGACUGAUGGCAGAAGAUGAGGAAGGCUACCGAAAACUCAUCGACCAAAAGAAAGACAAGCGUCUGGCCUACUUGCUGCAGCAGACGGAUGAAUAUGUGGCCAACCUCACCACCCUGGUGCAUGAACACAAAGCUGCCCAAGCUGCCAAGGAGAAGAAAAGGAGGAAGAAGAAAAAGAAGAAGUUGGACGGAGAUGGUGAAGGUCCCAGUGCCAUUGGACCUGAUGGAGAGCCCAUGGAUGAGAGCAGCCAAAUGAGUGAGCUGCCAGUCAAAGUGAUUCAGACAGAGACUGGGAAAGUUUUGCAGGGAACGGAUGCUCCCAAAUCCAGCCAACUGGAGGCCUGGCUCGAGAUGAACCCUGGGUAUGAGGUCGCCCCACGGUCAGACAGUGAGGAGAGCGGCUCAGAGUUUGAGGAGGAGGAGGAAGAGGAGGGGGCCAAGCCAGAAACAGAGGAGAAGAAGAUAAUCGAUCCCAAUGAAGAUGAAGUGCCUGGGGCGGCUGCGAAGGAUAUUAUCGAGACAGCCAAGCAAGAUGUGGAUGAUGAGUACAGUGUUCCCACUGGACAAACCAGCUCCCAGUCUUACUAUGGUGUGGCCCAUGCUGUCAUUGAGAGGGUGGAGAAGCAGUCGUCGCUGCUGAUCAACGGCACUCUCAAACAUUACCAGAUCCAGGGGCUGGAGUGGAUGGUGUCCCUGUACAACAACAAUCUAAACGGCAUCCUGGCUGAUGAAAUGGGCCUCGGCAAAACCAUCCAAACCAUUGCCCUAAUCACCUACCUGAUGGAGCACAAGAGGAUCAACGGUCCCUUUCUGAUCAUUGUUCCUCUCUCGACUUUGUCUAACUGGGUCUAUGAGCUUGACAAGUGGGCUCCCUCUGUGGUCAAAAUUGCUUACAAGGGCACCCCUGUGUUGCGCCGCGGGCUUGUGCCUCAACUCCGCAGCGGGAAGUUCAACGUCUUGCUGACCACCUAUGAAUACAUCAUCAAGGACAAGCACAUACUGGCCAAGAUUCGUUGGAAGUACAUGAUUGUGGAUGAGGGUCACCGCAUGAAGAACCACCACUGUAAGCUGACGCAGGUGUUGAACACACACUAUGUGGCUCCCCGACGCCUCCUUCUCACCGGUACACCACUGCAGAACAAGCUUCCCGAGCUGUGGGCGCUGCUCAACUUCCUCCUGCCCACCAUCUUUAAGAGCUGCACCACCUUCGAGCAGUGGUUCAACGCCCCCUUCGCCAUGACAGGAGAGAGGGUGGACCUAAAUGAGGAAGAGACCAUCCUGAUUAUCCGACGUUUGCAUAAGGUGCUCCGCCCCUUCCUGCUACGCAGACUGAAGAAAGAGGUGGAGUCUCAGCUGCCAGAGAAGGUGGAGUACGUCGUAAAGUGUGACAUGUCUGCCAUACAGAAGGUUCUGUAUCGCCACAUGCAGAAAGGCAUCCUCCUCACUGACGGCUCAGAGAAAGACAAGAAGGGCAAAGGAGGAGCGAAGACCCUAAUGAACACCAUUAUGCAGCUGAAGAAGAUCUGCAACCACCCAUACAUGUUCCAGCACAUUGAGGAAUCCUUUGCUGAGCACUUGGGCUUUCCAAACGGCUUCAUCAGCGGGCUUGAUCUGUAUCGAGCUUCUGGGAAGUUUGAGCUCCUGGAUCGCAUCCUGCCGAAGCUACAGGCCACCAGCCACCGAGUCCUGCUGUUCUGCCAAAUGACCAGUCUGAUGACAAUCAUGGAGGACUACUUCAGCUACCGCAACUUCCAGUAUUUACGUCUGGAUGGGACCACCAAAUCUGAGGACCGAGCAGCACUGCUGAAGAAAUUUAAUGAAGAAGGAUCGCAGUACUUCAUCUUCCUGCUCAGUACCAGAGCCGGCGGCCUCGGCCUCAACCUGCAGGCUGCUGACACUGUCGUCAUCUUUGACAGUGACUGGAACCCACACCAGGACCUUCAGGCUCAGGACCGGGCUCACCGCAUCGGUCAGCAGAACGAGGUGCGCGUGCUUCGCCUCUGCACCGUCAACAGCGUGGAGGAGAAGAUCUUGGCAGCCGCCAAAUACAAACUCAACGUGGAUCAGAAAGUCAUCCAGGCAGGCAUGUUUGACCAGAAAUCCUCGAGCCACGAGCGCCGUGCCUUCCUCCAGGCUAUUCUAGAGACCGAGGAGCAGAAUGAGGAGGAAGAUGAGAUACCCGAUGAUGAAACUCUUAACCAGAUGAUAGCCCGCAAUGAAGAUGAAUUUGAGCUCUUUAUGCGCAUGGACAUGGACCGACGCCGCGAGGACGCCAGGAACCCAAAGCGUAAGCCUCGUCUCAUGGAGGAGGACGAGUUGCCUUCCUGGAUCAUCAAAGACGAAGCCGAGGUCGAACGGCUCACGUAUGAAGAGGAGGAGGAGAAGAUGUUCGGACGGGGAUCGCGCUGUCGUCGGGACGUAGACUACAGCGACACGCUGACUGAAAAACAGUGGCUGCGGGCUAUCGAGGAUGGAAACCUGGAAGAGAUGGAGGAGGAGAUCCGGCUUAAGAAGCGCAAACGCAAGAGACGUCAGGACAAGGACUCAUCAAGCAGAGACGACGGAGGCUCCAAGGCCAAGAAGAAACGUGGGCGUCCACCAGCUGAGAAACUCUCCCCCAACCCCCCGAAACUCACCAAGCAAAUGAACGCCAUCAUCGAUACGGUCAUCAACUACAGAGAUGGGUCGGGAAGACAACUAAGCGAGGUGUUUGUCCAGUUACCAUCCAGGAAGGAGCUCCCGGAAUAUUACGAGCUGAUCAGGAAACCUGUGGACUUCAAAAAGAUCAAGGAUCGUGUGAGGAGCCAUAAAUACAGAGGGGUGGGAGACCUGGAGAGGGAUGUGAUGCUGCUUUGUCACAAUGCCCAGACCUUCAACCUGGAGGGAUCCCAGAUAUAUGAGGACUCCAUUGUCCUUCAGUCUGUGUUCAAGAGUGCCAGGCAGAAGAUUGCCAAGGAUGACGAGAGUGAUGAUGACAGCGAUGAGGAUGAGGAUGACGAGGAUGAGUCAGAGGCUGAGGCCAAGUCUGUGCGGGUUAAGAUCAAGCUGAGUAAGGAGGCACGCAGCCACGACAAAGGCAAGAAGAGGCAAAGCCGAGGGAAGGCCAAGCCGGUGGUCAGCGACGACGACAGCGACGAAGACCUGGAUGACAAUGAUCAGUCGGACAAGAGCGACGAUGAGUGAGGAGACAAGAGGAUGUCGAUUCUAGCACUUAUAAACAAAAAGGACAAUAUCUUCCAUCACCAUUGUUCAGGUUCAUUAUCUGUAUUUUUUUGAUUUUUACUUCAUUUGUCCUCUUUGUCUGUUUGUAGUGUGUGUUGUCGCACCUUCUCCUACCAGCUUGGAAAUGUAUUACUAAUAAUCGAUAAGCUACAGCAAUACCAAUCUGCUUUUUUCCUGUUUUUAAGACAAAUUUUUAGUAUAUUUUUCAACUCUGUGCUUUAAAAGAAAAUUUAAAUCUCUAUGAAAAAAAAGGAAGAAAAAAAAAGAUUUGGUCAUGCUACACGCGCCUUUGCUUGAUUUGUACUCGCUUGCUUGCACUUUUAGAAAAGUAAAUAUUAACAUCAAAAUAAAAUAAAAAAAAUUUAAAAAAAAAGUGUAAUAAAAAUAAAUGUUUAGCCAAGGACAUCCAAGUUGGAGAGCCACUGGUGAUUUAAAAAAAAAAAAGGCAAUCAAACAAGUUUUUCAUUUUGGGAUUCGUAGUUUCACCUCGUGCAGUGCCAAAUGUUAGAUUGUUUGCUAAACCCCUCCCCCCAACCAGCGAUUGUCCAAUCAUAGCCUAGCAACUGUAACUAGGCACAGCCGAUCCAACGCGUCAAGCUUCAUAUUUCUCCACAUGUUGUAGCUGUGGUGAGAUACUAAGAGUUUGGAGGGUGGUGUCUCUCCAAAACCAAAAACAAGACAGCAAGAAUAGAUUUAUCUGCUCCAGGAUACUACCACAGCUCAAGCCAACGUUAGCAGCUCUCUCCUGCUUGUGAGUGUAUUUGAGGAAGUAAACACUUCCAGCCAAACUUAAAAUACACAAAAUUGUGUUAUGUUUGCCAAACUCAUUCUGAACACCUUUUCUCUUACAGCAUUAAACAUGAAACGUACUGUUUGAAAGUCUGUAAACUCAACAGCCAAACAGUUUGAGGUUAGAACAGAUAUCUGCUUAUGCGUGCACGCUUUUGCAUGCAGUCUGAGUAGUAUUGACCAUUCAUGUUCGAGAGGGCUCUGGUUCCCUGCAGGUAAAUGCUCCACGUGGAGAGCAAAAGAGGCAGAACGCAUUGGCCGAAAUACAACCUCAGAACCCAUCCGCAAUCUUCUGACGUUGAUUUUUAUAAGCUUUUUUGUCCAAUUUAUUUGUGUUUAUAUACAAAUAUCUGUUUAUAAAGAUUAGUCAAAAUGUCAUCUGAAACUGUCUCAAGUUGCUAAUCAAACUGUAGACAAGGAGCGGCGCACAGAUGAGGAAGUCUUGGCCUAUCUGCUGGCUACACCGGAUCUCCUGAAAUAUUGACUGUUAACCCCAGAGGCUUUAUCGUUGUUAGGCCAUAGCCCAUCAGUACUGAGACUGAGAGUCUUAUGCACUAGGCCUGUCUUGCUCUACAGUGCAGCACAAGAACAAUGCAUUCUUUUAUUUUCAUGUCGUCUAUAUGGAUCAUCGGCGGGUGAGGAUCCUAACUUAUUGCCUGGGAUGUGUUAGCUUUAGCUUCUGUCUUUUAGCAUGAUAUUCUCUGAUGUAGCCAUUAAGUGUACAUUGCAUUUUGGAUUUUCAAUCUAAAAUGAGUCUGCUGGAAAUAGCUUUUUCAACCAACUUGCCGAAACUAAGACUAGCUUUUAUUAGCUAGCUACAGCUACAGCUGAUAAAAUCUGCUUGUGUCAGUAGCCCUUUAGCUAAAUCUUCGGUCACCAGCUGGAAAUGAGUAGCCCUUCUUUCCUCUGAUAUAAAAGGAUGCUAUUAUUUUGAAAGAAUGAUUAGCAUUUUGAAUUUAAAUCUGCCACUGCUUUUAUUUAACAGGAAUAAAUUAAUCAAAUGAAUUUUAAAAAAAAAACUAUGAGAAUAGCAACAGUAGUAACCACGAGGGACCAGGCUAAGGGAGCACUCAGUUAAGAGAAACAAAUAUUUUGAAAAUGAAAACCAUUUCUUAAGUCUCUUUAACCAUUAAGUGCUUAUUAAAGACUCUUUUGCAAGAUUCUCAAUUUAAAAUGAGUCGGCUGGAAACAGCUUUUUUAACCAACUUGCCAAAACUAACAUUAGCUUUUAUAAGCUAGCUAUAGAAAUCUCCUUGCGUCAGUGGCCUUUCAGCUAAAUCUUCAGUCACUAGCUUGAAAUGAGAAUCCCUUCUUUUGUCUGAUAUAAAAGGACCCCAUUAUUUAAAAAAUGGUUAGUAUUUUAAAUUUAAAUCUUUCAUCGUUUUUAAUUGAAAAGUAUGACGAUAGCAACAGGAGUAACUAAGAUGGGCCAGGCUAAGCUAACACUCAAUUGAGAGACAGAUCUAUUUAACCAUUAAGUGCUUAUCAAAAACUUUUACAGGAUUCUCAGUUUAAAAAUGAGUCAACUGAAAACAGCUUUUUCAACCAACUUACGUGGCUAACGUUAGCUUAAUUAGCUAGCCGAUGAAAUCUGCCAGCGACAGCAGUUAUAUUAGCAAAAUGUUAACCUGCUUUAUUAUAUCAUUGCGACAGUAAAUCUGCCAGUUUUUAUUAAAUACUAUAAGAAGCUUGACACACAAUAGUUAUUACGAGGGGCGGGGCUUAGCGAACACUUUUGAGAGUGUAAACUAUUUCCUAGGUCUGUAUCCAGUAUAUAUCUUAGCCAGCACAACAAAAUGUCAGUUGUUGCUUGAUGAAUAAAAAAUAACUUUGAGGUUGCCAUAUAUGCUGAAUGCUUUUUUUUUU